AUGGAAAACGGCCGCUGGUAUCAUGGCUUCCGGAGAGGCCUCUACAUGUACCCGUGCGACGAGCCCGAGAACGACCGCAUGGACAUCUACCACCAAUUCUUUGCCGUCGCACGGAGAGGGCAGCUGCACCAGUCGCCGCACGCAAACGUCAAGCUCCCCGAGGCCACCAACAAGAAGCGAAAGGCUGAGAAAGAGCCCGAGGUUAAUACCGUCUUAGUCUUCUAG